UACCAAGUCCUGGUCACUCUGAACAGACUAGACGAAAUCUUGAUUCCGAAGACCGAGAACCCUGUGGUGCGAGUUGCAGCGGUCACUACCCGAGCUUCUCGAAUCUCCCGCGGGGGUCAUGCAAGAGGACUUGAUCGGGGAGAUGCGGGUCGAUCGGAUCAAAGGGCUCAGGAGGAGGAGGUCUGGAUUACAGGCAUGAAGAAGUAUCUGUGUGGCGCGAUUGCAGACCUCACGCAAACAGAAGCAAGGUCGUACGGCAAGAUCGCUGCCGGCUAUGAGGUGGACGAACAGGAUCUACUCUUCUACUGGCCUCCAACGCCGAGAUCGGGGGAGAAUCACGAUCGAUUGGUAGUUCCCGAGACGCUGCAACCGGACGUCUUACAUCAUUAUCACACUACGUUAGAAGAAGGACAUCAGGGAGUGGGGCAUACCUAUCAGCAGAUCAGGGACCACUUCCACUGGAGAGAACUAUAUCGGAGCGUUCAGCAAUACGGGAAUACGGAGUUUUUGAUCUGGAUCGAUCUGUUCACAGGAUACGUGAUUGCGAAAGCUAGCUCGUCCCGGUCGGCUCAGACGGGCGCGGAAUCAUACGAAGAAUGUGUAUUUCGGCGAUUCGGUGCCUGUGAGAUGAUCCGGCAUGAUCGAGAACCCGGCGUCAUGUCCGACUUCUUCCGGGCGUUUAAUAAGAUCCUGGAACAGCGGUAG